AUGGUCAAGUUCACUACCCUCCUUGUCGCCACCGUUGCGAUCUUUGCCGCCUCAGCCUCGGCCCAGGUCAGCACCCCUCCCCGCGAGUUUAACGCCGCUUCCCUCCCCUUUGACGAGUCCGAGGGCAACUACACCAUCUCUGGCAACGAUAUCCACCUCGAGAAGCGUGCCGCCAAGACCAACGUUCUCUCUGCUGCCGAGCAAAAGAGUAUCCUCGAUACCCACAACAAGUACCGCGCCCGCCACGGUGCCAAGCCCUUGAAGUGGAACACCAAGGCUGCUGCCUUUGGCGAUAACUGGAUCCAGGCUUGUCAGUUCAAGCACAGCGGUGGCAAGUACGGAGAGAACUUGGCUGCCGGCUACAAGAACUUCAAGACCGGUAUCGACGCCUGGUACAACGAGGUCAGCAAGUACAACUACAAGAACCCUGGGUUCUCCAUGGCCACCGGUCACUUCACCCAGGUCGUCUGGAAGGGCUCCAAGACUGUCGGAUGCGCCAAGAAGUUCUGCCCUGGAUCCAACUGGACUAUCUACAUCUGCAACUAUGACCCCCCAGGCAACUACCAGGGCGAGUUCAAGAAGAACGUCUUGCCUCGCAAGAAGUAA